AUGCAGGCAGCCUGCAACCCCAGACCACACACACCCACACACAUCCCACACCAAGCGCCGAGCGCCAGGGUGGGAGUGCCGGCAGGGCUGAACCUCAGCAGCCCCCAGAUCAUCCAGAUCGAGCCGGUGUUGGGGACGGGGCAGCAGCAGUUCUUACUGCACAGCUCCACUGAGCCCCCGAUUCAGCUGCUGGUGCAGAGACAAACCCCUCUGCCCGGAGCUGAACCCACAGCGCGCACGCUGCCCGUCAAGAACAGCGUGAAUGGGAAAGUGGCCAGGCCCAACGCGAAGGGCGCCGCGGCCCUCACCCGAACCGUGUCCGCUGGACCGGACAGGAAGGAGAGGGACAGAGAGAAGAUGAAGCCCCAGAAGAUUAAAACGCGGUCAGGCCGGAUUUCGAGGCCUCCCAAGUACAAGGUGAAGGAUUACAAGUUCAUCAAGAGGCAGGACCUGGCGGACGGGCACCAGUCCGACUCGGACGACUACUCGGAGAUCAGCGAGGAGGAGGAGGAGGGGGGCGAGGACGCUGGCAAGGGGGCCACGUCCAUUCACUUCAACCUCAAUCCCAGAGCUUUCAAAUGUGAAACCUGCGAGAAGGCGUACAUAGGCAGGGGGGGCUUGUCCAGACACUACAGGCUGAACCCUCCUCAUGGGCAGAAGAACGCUUUCCCCCCAGAGCCAGUGGGGUCUGCAAGCCUGCCAAGCGAGGACCUGUCUGCGGGUUCUGGUGUGACGCCCACUGAAGUGCACAGCACAGUGACAGUGACCUCUGAACAAGUGACCCCUGCAGAGGUACUGGACAGCAAAGACAAGCCAACAGCACUGUCACCAGCGCCCCCUGCUGGGCCAGCAGAAGCAGCAAAGCCAGACCCGGAGGAACUGCAAGUAGUGUCAAAUCCGACGGUACGAAUUGAAAUUAAGAUCAUUUUGUAUCUGUUCAUUGUAGCAGCACUUCUCACGCUAGUUCCUAAACUAGGACUAGGUGCAGGACAAGUACAAUUCCAUUCCCCCAACUGGGUUUCACAGAGAAGGUCAUGUUUGCUAAACAAGCCUUCUUUCCUGCCCUGUCCUGAGCCGGGGAGACCACGCGGGCCGGGGAGACCCAGGGGGGCCGGGAGGCCGGGGCGCCCCAAAGUGUCAGGGAGGUCGGGACGUCCCGGGAGAAGAGCCCGACCCGGGAGGCCUCCUAAAUACCUGGGCGGGGUUUCCACAGAGCAGCAGAUCCAGAGAAGAAAAGCCAGAUUGAAAGAGAUAAUACAGCAGUGUGAUAAUGAAGAGCUAAUGGAACUGGCUCUACCAAGACUGGCCAGAGUCAUGACUGUCUGGGAGUUCUUACUAAUGAAGGUUGAGAAAGGGCGUCCCUCGCGCCCGCACUUCGCUGAUGUUUACAGGGAGUUUGAACAGCUGCACAGCCAGGUGAAGAACAUGGCUGCUGAUCACUUCAGAUCCCCUCUUUCUCUGGGCUCCCAGCAGCCUCUGGAAAUUCGAGACACCGGGGUGUCCAAGUCACUGGGAAUCGAAGAGCUUUUGAAGAUGCAGAAAAGGCAGCAUCCUGGUCCUUUGUUGCAGUGUGUUGUGACAGUCUGUAAGGAAGACUCUCUCCACUCACCCAGGAACAAGCAUGCAGUGGAGGUUAGGGACCUGGCGGGGUGGAAAUCCACAUUGCCUUCCCUUUUAUUUUGUACUGAGCAGCUACAGAGACAUGCUAGGGGUGUAACUACACUCUCGUCAUUUGCUUCAUGGCCCCAUACAUCCAUGGGCAGUGUGCCUUCAGACGAGCUGCAAACGGAUCUCACGGAUCAGGUGCAGCAGCUGGAACAGGCUCUGUGCAGGGAUGUGGUUCCUUUGGACCAUUCGUACAGGACUCAGAUCAGCGAGCCAGAGCCACCACCUCCCGACCAGCAGCCUCUAACAGUGAAAUCCACCAGGGUUUGUUUAGGAAACGAGAUUGGUGGAGAAGCAGUGUGCAGUUUGCAGGGUGCAGGCCUGAGCGCGCAGGACAAGGAGAGCAGGGACAAGAACGGCAGCGUGGAGCACACCGUUACUAUUGGUGGAACCGUCGAAUUUCAGCUCAGCGAUGAAAACCAGGAGCUGCUGACUCAGGGACAUGAUCAGAUCUUCAUCCAGACUUCAGAGGGCCUCAUCCUGCACCACGCUGGGGGUGCCCUGCCGUCGGAGGGGAUUGUGAUGGUGACGGACGCCGACGGCACCACCAUGCACAUCCGCACCCCCGAGGGAGUGUCCUUCGAGACCGUCCAGGCUCUGCUUGCCAUGGAGGCAGAGGGGCACAGUGAAGGCAUCUUGCUUUCGGAAACGCAACUCUGAAGACUUUCCAAAUCUAAAGUAUAUUUUUGUAAUCUGAUAUUCAGGCUGAAGAAAAUACUUUUUAAAUUAUUUGUGCAUAAAUAUGCAAGUUGAGGACUAGUUUUUAUUUAUAUAUGUAUAAAACCAUUGACAGUUUGUGACUACAUUUUCAGCAUUACAUGAAUAGUCUCAUAUCUUUUCUAUUGAAGGUAUCCAUUUGGCUAAAAAAAUAAAAUAUCUGUCUAUCUCUGUGUAAAAAUGCACACUGUAACAAAGUGUAAGAGAUGUUUUGAGGUAAAAACAAAGUUCCUUUCAUGCUCUA